CUGUGUCACUGUUAGUAGUGCCAGGAGCAGUGUAAGGAGCAGUAUCAGGAACAGUGCCAGGAGCAGUGUCAGGAGCCGUUAACUUCACUGCAGGAGCCAUACCGUGUCAGGAAUCAACAACUGUCAGCCCGUAUAGUGUCAGUAUGGAGGGCUGACAGACACCAGGGUAAACAGAGCUGACGGCUGACAGUGUGGACAGAACAACAGAAAAUGACAGAAGCUCACAGGAGAUUCAUACGCAGCUCAAGGGAGGGCGACACGAAUGAAGUGAGGAGAGCCCUUGAGAGUGGAGGUGUGGUGGUAGAUAUGAUGGAUGUGGAGGCGUCAGGUAGAGGUAGGACCGCCCUCCACCACGCCAGCGAGGGGGGUCACCUGGAUGUGGUCAACCUACUCAUUGGUGAAGGAUGUGACGUGAAUAAUAAGAGCAAGAAAUUCGGUGAUCAAGGAGGGACAGCGCUCCAUCUGGCUGCCGAGGUUGGUCACACACACGUCAUGGAGACGCUGAUCAAGAACCGUGCUGAUCCUGAGGCCCUCGACGAUAAAGGUAGGAGACCCGUCCACUGGGCAGCUUACGGAGGCCAGCUCAAGUCCCUGGAGAUGCUGAGAGACUACCAUUGUGAUCUCCACGCCGUAGACAAGGAGAAGUCCUCCGUGCUUCACCUGGCGGCCGCCUACGGGGACCUGGGAGUGGUCAAGUGGCUGGUGAAGAACAAGGUGGACUGUGGCCUGAGGGACCACAAGAACCGCUUGGCCAAGGACGUGGCCAAGGCCCGAGAACUAUAUGACAUCCAACACUUCCUGAAGCAACACACCGUAGGCAAGGCCAGCUUUGCGUGGGUGAGGGCCAGAAGCAGGUCAAGUUUGGACGAUGAUGGUGAAGUGUGGCAGAGUGGACCACGGAGACGAAAAGAUGAUUUGGAAGGACAAGACACCAGCAUGGAGACCAGCCUGGAUGUUAGUUUGGAGAUCGCUAAAGAGGCCAGCUUGGAGACGAGCUUGGAUGUUAGGGAGGAGGCCAACCAGGAGAUCCUUGUUGUGAUGAGGAAAGAAACCAGACAGGGGUCUAGACCGGAGACCAGACAAGGGUCAAGACAGGAGACCAGGCAGGGGUCUAGACCGGAGACCAGGCAGGGGUUAAGACAGGAGACCAGGCAGGGGUCAAGACAAGGGUCCGGACAUGAGAACAGCCAUAGGUCCAGACAGGAGACCACAAAGCAGGAGACCAGACAGGAGACCACAAAGCAGGAGACCAGACAGGAGACCACACAGCAGGAGACCAGACAGGAGCCUAACCAAGAGGUCGCCCAGGUAGUCAGCAAGGAGGCCACACAGGAGAUCAACCAGGAGGCCACACUGAAGCAGCUGGACUCCAAGGAUGCCAGCGAGGAGGCCAGAGAAGACGCCUUGAUCUUACUGAAAGACGAGGUGGACCAUCAGCUGAAGAAGUUGGAGAUGGAACGUCGUCAGGUGGCCUCUGCCCAGGAGAGACUACAGCUGCUUCUGGAUCAAGACAUCCACGACACAGACACCAUCACCACCCUCAGGCAGAAGGUGGACGAGUUGACCCAGGAGUUGAGUGACGUGAAGCAGCAACACCUUAAUGCCCAGAAAGAACACGAGGAGAUGGAGAGAAAACUACAAGACCAAAUCAAUCAGUCCACCAUUAUUAACCUGGAGGAGAAACUGGAAGAGAACUCACUCACUUUACAACACCAGGAACGAACCAUAGCCGCCUACCAGCUUCAGCUCGAGGAGAGGGAGGCGGACCUACAGAAGACCCAGCAGGCAAUGACCAACCUGAAGGAGGAGGUGGAGCAACUGACUAAGGCUCUGGAUGCUGACAGACCUUCAGGAACUGUUCCCCUGAUGGAACAAAAGGAGAGAAUAAUGGAACUUAUUAAACAAGUUAAGUUGAAGGAACAGGUCAACGAGGAUCUCACCAGCCAGGUUGACCAAAUGUCCCACAAGAUCAGAGACUACGAGGGCACAAUCUCUGGCCUUGAGGUUAAGUUACAAGUGAGAGAAAAAGAUUUUGAGAAGCAGGAGGAGACUAAGCAGAAGGCGCUGACAUCACUAAAGAAGGAGAUAGAUCACCUCUCACACACCCUGAACGAGGAGAAACUCAAGGUGGCUGCCGCUCAGGACCAACAGCUGAGGAUACAAUCUCUACAGGAUCAAGAUCAGACCAACAAAAAGACGAUCACUACACUCACCCACCAGUUGGAGCACCUACUGAGUAAGCAGAAGGAGGAUAAACAAAGGACUCUCAGUGACCAGAGCCAGCAGGAGGGGAGGGUGAAGGAGCUACUGGAGCAAGACAAACUGACCAGGAACACCCUGACGGACCUCAACAAGACCAUCAAACACAUGUCUAACAGGCUGAGGGAAUACGAGGACGCUGUCGACUCCUAUAAGGAACAGUUACGAGACAAGCACAAGGUUCUGCAGGAGGUGGAGGGUGAGAGCAAGAAGGCCAUUACCUCACUCAAGGAGGAGGUGGAGCGUCUCUCUCACUCACUAGAUGAGGAGAAACUCAAGAUGGCCGCCACCCAGGCCCAGCAGGAGGAGAGAGAAAAAGACCUACAGGAACGAGAGAAGGUGAACAAGAUGAACACAGACAGCCUGAAGAACACAGUCUACCACAUGUCCGUCAAGAUGCGGGAACACGAGAAGACAAUAACAUCAUAUGAGGGACAACUACAGAACAAGGAAAGAGAAUUUAACGAACACAAAGCGAAUAGUGAGGAGACGAUAGCGAGACUGAGAGAAGAGAUAGAUGGUCUCUCACACUCCCUGGACGAAGAGAAACUCAAGAUGACCGCCUCUAAGACGCAGCAGGAGGAGAGAGAGAGAGAAAUGGAGGAACGAAGGAAAAUCAACAAAAGAAACUUAGAUGAACUGAAGAAGACGAGUGAUGCCAUGGCCAACAGACUGGGGACCCAAGAGGAGGCGAUAACUCUGUAUAAGGAAGAGUUACAAGAGAAGGAGAGAGAGUAUGAAGAAUUGGAGGCUGCUAGUCGACACACAAUGACUUCACUGAGGGAGGAGGUGAACCGCCUUACACACAACCUAGAAGCCGAGAAGGAGGAACACCAGAAGAAGAUACAGCAACUACAGGAACAAGAUGAGGUCAACAACGAAACUAUCAGUGACCUCAAUGAGAAACUUUACGAGAAGAUUGACAAACUGACAGAAACUGAACAGAUUGUCUCCUCCUACCAAGCUCAGUUAAGACACAAAGAUAAACAGAUUGAACAAAGAGAGAAGGCCAACGAAGAGACAGUCACCAUAUUGAAGGAAAAAAUAGCCAGUUUAUCACACAUGUUGGAAAAUGACAGCAAGAAGAUGGCCGAGGUUCAGGUGCUGCAGGAAAAAAUAGAACAGCUACAGGAGGUGGAAGCCGCCCAUAGAGACACCAUCGUUAAGCUGAAGGAACAACUGGUGGAUAUAACAAACAUGAUGAAGGAGGAGAUAGAGAAGGCUCAAGGGAAACAGACACAGCAGCAGGUGAGAAUACAGGAACUGAUGAAACAGGCAGAAGUUUACAAGAAGAUAAUAAACGACCUUAACAAGAACACGGAAAUAAAGGAGAAACAACUGAGGGAAUACGAACAGAUUAUCUCCACGGACCAGUUGCAGCUGAGGGAAGCCAGAAGACAGGUUGAAGCUGUUGAAAUGAGCAGUACACAUCACGCGACCUUGGCACUCAGGAAAGAGGCUGACAAUUUGGCACGAACCCUGGCCACAGUACAGGCUAAAGAAAACGAGCUGCGGGAGUUGAACAAAAUCCAUACAUUGAACAUUGAAGAGAUGAACACCAGACUGAAGGAGUAUGAUAGUACCAUCCGGGCCUAUAAGAUGAGGGAGGCUGAACUAAUGCAACAAGAUGAUGUACACAGGACCAACAUAGCGGAAAUGACUAAGAAGUUAAAGGAACGCGAGCAGAGCAUUCGUUUAUAUCAGAAACAGCUUCAGGAAUUGGACAGCAGACCAGAAUCAGAGAGGCGAGACCGAGGGAACGAACAGCAACAACAGACCAAUAACCAACAGUUAGUUUUACAGACCUUUAGACCGAUCCAGGAGCCCAGACCAAGCCAGAGAGACCAUUCAGUACCACGCUCUAGGUUUGAGAGCAGUGUGAGGGUAGGCACGCCGUCUGGUCUACCUAACCUGGGCAACACCUGCUACAUUAACUCCGUCAUCCAGAUUCUGUUUAACGUCAACAGUUUCAGGGAGUUCUUUAUAAAGGACUCAUACAGGAGGGAGCUGAACCGUACUAGUGAGCAGAAGGGGGAGGUAGCCUUAGCCCUGGCAGGAGUCUUCAAGGCUCUACACUCAGGCAUCGAGAAGGAAGUGAGAGAGAAGACGAGGCAACUGAAGCAUGUUGUUGGUGACUAUAACGAGAGGUUCCAGGGGUCACAACAACAGGAUGCCCAUGACCUUAUUGCCAACCUCCUGACCUGGAUACAUAAUGACCUCAUGAAUUCUGGCGGAUCUUCGCUCGUAUCCAGGCGCCUACACGGUGAGAAUAACUCCAUAAUGAUCUGUGACAAACACGGGAGAGAGAUCUGCCGUACUAAUGAUCCCUUCAGUACUCUUACCCUGCUGGUGCCUCCUGCUAAGACCUCUCCGUCAGCCACCCUUCAGGAACUACUAAAGGCUCACUACAGUGGACAGAAGGUCGAGUGGGACUGUCCAUACUGUAGACGGUCACACAGCUGUAGACGGGAGACAGAAGUGAUCCACCUUCCACCUGUUCUAAUUAUACACCUGAAAAGGUACACCAGCCGAGACCCGCAGGAAAGGAAGACCCGUGUCACCUUCCCCCCAGACAACCUGACGCUACAGGAAUACAUGCACAGGAACUACCGCAGUGGACGGUAUGAACUGUUUGGUGUGGUGGACCAUCGGGGGACAUCCACCUCCGGCCACUACACCGCCUACUGCAGGAACCAACACGGGAAGACCUGGCGCCUCUACAACGAUGAGUCAGUCACUGAGACGGACCUGGCUACUGUGUUGGAGGAGAAUGAAGGUCAUUUACUGUUUUAUACUGAGAAGAAAUAGUCAUCUACCUACACCUGUUGUACACACCUGUUGCAUACACCUGCUGUACACACCUGUUGUAUACACCUGUACCUGUUGUAUACACCUGCACCUGUUGUACACACCUGUUGUAAUUUAAUGUAAAAAUAUUAAAUUACAUGUUGUAUAAUAAUGUUAUAUUUGCCACCUGACCUUGAUAUAGCUUAAGUUAAUAAGUACAAAGUGUAAUAGGUUUUUAUUACCAUAUAUGUUAAAUGUUGGUUAAUGUUUAUGGAUUAACAAAUGUAUGAAUGUUUGACUCAAUAAAGCUUCUUAGAAG